UUAUCGACCGUUAGCCAUUACCCGCUAGCUGCAGUUGCGGGUAAAGAAAGACAAUUAAAAUGCAAACGUCAAUAGCAAAUAUCGCUUUUUUUUCGUUGUUUCAGGUUUUAUUGUCUUUGUCGGGUUUUCUAGAGGUCGUGGAGGCCUCCAGUGGGAGAGGAUUUGGAGAUAAUAUCCACUGGAGGACGCUGGAAGAUGGCAAGAAGGAAGCUGAAGCCAGCGGGCUGCCGCUCAUGGCCAUCAUCCACAAGACCUGGUGUGGAGCCUGCAAAGCACUGAAGCCCAAGUUCGCUGAAUCCAAGGAAAUCUCUGAACUGGCGCACAACUUUAUAAUGGUGAACCUGGAGGAUGAAGAGGAGCCAAAGGAUGAAGCCUUCAGCCCAGACGGUGGAUACAUUCCUCGGAUCCUUUUCCUCGACCCCAGGGGCAAAGUCCAUCCAGAGAUCACCAACAAAAACGGCAAUCCCAACUACAAAUACUUUUACAGCACCGCAGAUCAGGUGGUGUCGAGUAUGAAGGAGGCGCAGGAGAAGCUGACGGGCGACGCUUUCCAUCAGGGUCACACAGGAGACGAGCUGUGAGGAGGUGGCGGGGACUCCGGGCUUUAAGGGCUACACUUCUUCUGCCGGAGCUCCCACCAACGAGCCCUUGGAGUAUUUACUCGUACGGUAGAAGCAAGGCGCCGUCUCCGCU